AUGUCGAAGCAAUCUCCGCCAGCGAUUGCCAAAUGAGAAAACGAUCUGAUAGAUCCCUCGCAAAGGCGAGGACAUAAAAGUCGAAGUCACUUCCAAUCAACACCGCAUUCGACGGAUUCAUUUAAUAAACGCACAUCAAACGACAAUGGAGAAUCGCCUGCUGGCUUUUUCACUGCUUUUAAGCACCGCCGCAUGGGUUACAGCGCAUGCAGACAUAGCCUCCAUCUGCAGGAUUUCCGAUGCCUGGCGAGCGCUGCCCGAUGGGAACCACUGCCAAAGGUUCUAUGUCUGCACUGGCGACGAGGAUCUGCCCUUCCAGGAGUUUAGCUGUCCGGCGGAGUAUCAUUUCAGCAAGAAGCUGAGGAUAUGUGUGCCUGGAGUCUGCUCUAAUGCUACCCUUGCUUGCGGAAUAACAAACAGUGUAGAGCGGAUAGCAAGCGAUUGCUUGCGAUACAGACAUUGCCUGGAGGGAGGAGCCUACACCGUGGCCAAGUGUUCGGCCGGAAACUACUUUGACCCCGGUCGCAAGGCCUGCCUGCCCGUGGCCAUAACAGCGGCCCAUCAGUGCAGCUGUGUGCUGCCGGAUAAUGCCACACUGGCCAAUCCGAGCGAUUGCGAGACCUAUUUCCGCUGCCAUUCGGGACAUGCUGAGCUGGUGCAGUGCCCAUCAGGGGAUUACUUCGAUGAGCGAGUGGGCAGCUGCCUUCCGGAUCACACGGGCAUCUGCCUGGAGAAGCCCACAAUGCCGCCGACGCUGACGGAUCAGGCCCUCGCCAUGAACGAGUGCAUCCGGACGGGCAGCCGAUUGGCGCCGCACAGCCGUGAUUGCCAGCGAUAUUUCGUGUGUGCCAGGAAGCGGGUGCUGGAGAUGCGCUGUCCCCGGGGUCAGUACUUUGAUGCAGUGCAGCGGUACUGCAGUCUGGAUCUGAGGAACCAAUGCCAGGUACAGGAGGAGAAAAAGGACCAGGAGCCGGCGAAACUGGAGCAGCAGCCGGAGAAAGAGGUUGUGGAAACGCAAUUGAAAAAUACGGUCAAAAAGGAAGUCCAGAAGCAGGUUCUGAUCGAGAAGGAAAAGAUGGAGAAGGAACUCCAAGUGAAUGCCAAACAGCCACUGGAGGCAGUUGGCAACUACGACAAAUUCUCGUCCAAGUUCAUUUCAUUUUAAACUGUUCAUAUUAAGCGAAUUAUCAAUUAAAUAAAGCAAUAUCUAACCUA